AUGGACUCACUAAACAACCGUGCCCCUGCUUCUGCCGGUAAGAGUACGACCGUACUGGCAGCCAAAGUUGCAGUCACCAAUCCGUAUGCGUGCAAGAAAGCCCCCCCUCCUAUUUCCCUCAAACCGUUACACGAUACUCCCGCGCCGGAUUUCCCCGACGAAUCCGAGACGGUGACGACUGCUCUAAAAACUGUUUCUACAAAUCCAGAAACGACCUGCACUCGAAACGUACAAAAACAGAAGGAUUCGGAAAGCGCUCGGGACAAUAAAGACAGCAAGACUACAAGCAUAAACGAUUCAACACCCCUAAUCGAGGAAAUAAAAAAGACACAGUCCUCCGUGAGUCUCCCUCAAUGGCAGAGAUUACCUAGCCGAAGUAUCUCGUUUGGAUCUGCCGAAAUUUUGACCGUACCGGAAUGCUAUCGGCACUUCAAAACCUACCUGGGUCGUUCCGUCCGUGUAACGGGUACGGUAUUACACCGCCAUGUUCACGACGACUGCAUGAUUUCUCUCGUUAUUGGUGAUCCGCUUGAGCAGCUUCAUCGCCAGAGUGACUUGAAACGGAGAUUGUCAACGGGUAGUGGCGAUAGUAUUGCAAAUAGCGGAACACCAAAGACUCCAGGGACUGCGACGAAACGAAAAUCAAGCCAGGAAGAAACCCCGGCCAUCUCCAGCUCGAAGACGAAAAGGUUCGUUAAGAAAACACCUUCAUCGAAUACCAACAGUCUGUUACAGAGGCAACAGCACGGUGGAUCGAACUUAGUCGGGGUAAAUCAACCAUUGACGGCGAUCAAAAGGACACCGCUCGAAGCUAUGGUGGAUUGCUUGUCACGCAAAUCCAAUUGUGUUUGGAUAAUGGUCAAUCCGGAUCAUGCUCCUGUGCAUCAAUGUGCCGUAGGGGAUCUUAUGAUGAUCAUCGGUGAGUUGCGUCUGAUGUCAUCAUCCAGCAACGGCCCGAAGUCUACGUUAGUUCUGGCCUCUAAGAUCAGCUCUAGUACAAAGGACACUGUCUGCUACUUAGAGGCACGUAUUCUCCGCAACGCCAACGGAACGAACAUGAAGCUUUACGAAGAAGCCCUAUCUAUUCGUCGAAGGUUCCUGCAGAAACAGUCGAACCCUAUUUCAGAAGUAGAUCCACCGUACGGCUGGGGUCCUCCCCUUCCUUGA